AUGCCCAAAAUCACCGAAAUCUUCUUUGACUGCGACAAUACCCUUGUCCUCUCGGAAGAGUUGGCCUUUGAGGCGUGCGCCGAUCUCGCCAACGAGAUCUUGGAAAAGCGCAACAUCGCGGACCGCUACACUGGGGAGCAGCUCAUCCAGGACUUUGUGGGCCAGAACUUCCGAGGAAUGAUGAUCUCACUUCAGGCGAAAUACAACUUCGAGAUGCCCAAAGAGGAACUCGAGGAAUACGUCACCAAGGAGGAGGACAAGGUCAUUGCCAAGCUGGUCGCCAAGGCCCAGCCAUGUGUUGGCGCCACCGAAGAAUUGGAGAAGCUGUUCGAGGCCAAGAAGUACGAUCUGGCAGUGGUCUCCUCGUCCGCUCUUCGUCGCGUCGUGGCUUCCAUCAAGAAGGUGGGUCAGGACAAGUUCUUUGAUCAGGACAAGGUGUUCAGUGCUGCCACUUCGCUCCCGAAACCGACUUCCAAACCUGAUCCGGCCAUCUAUCUUCAUGCGCUAGAGGUUUGCAAGAAGACCGCCGAAGAGGUGGUUGCCGUUGAGGAUAGCAAGUCCGGGGCUCUCAGUGCUAUCCGUGCUGGUAUCUCGGUCAUCGGCUACGUUGGCAGCUACCAUGGCGACGAGAAAAAGUUCGAAAUGGCCAAGUAUCUGAAGGAACUGGGGGCUAAGGUGAUUAUGAAGGAUUGGUCCGAGUUCCAACGGUGUCUCUCUGAAAUCGAGGCCGCAUAA